ACGUGCGCUCGGCCCCUCUGCAAGAUGAAGCGAGCAGCAAUACCACCGCUGGAUGAGCUUCUGGAAGCCCUGGCUUGUUCCCUAAGCAAGGCCAGGCUGCUUGCUGCGAUUUUCGGGUGUGCGCACCCCCGUGUCCUCUUCUGAGGGGCGCUGGCACCGGCGUACGGCUCGCAGCCCCCAGGAGCUGUGCCCCUGGGGAUGUUCUCCCCUGAGCACCAAGCUGCCGUCGGUCUGCACCGCCCCAGCGGGGCGUAUUUCGGAGCUGCCGGGAGGAAGAUCUCGCCUUUGAAGGUGCCCUUGAGCAGAUGACUGACAAGGUGAUGAACGGGAGGGUGCCCCUGCCCGAAAAAGCCUUGUCCGAGGGCUAUGCCCGGCUGCGCUACAGGGACACCUCGCUGCUCAUCUGGCAGCAGCAGCAGCAGAAGCUGGAGUCGGCGCCCCCCAACACGUACCUGAGCCGGAGCCGCAGCAUGUGGUACUCGCAGUACGGCAACGAAGCCAUCCUGGUGCGGGACAAAAACAAGCUGGAUGUCUCCAGGGACACGGGACAGUCCAAGUUCUGUGCUAUCAUGUAAUUCCGGUGGCUUGGCAUCAGGAAUCUGCACGUGGAGAGGAACCAGACUUGCAUCAGGCUGGUGCCGGAGAGCUCGCACCGUCCCACCCGACCUGCGGCUAAGGCCGGGUGUGGGAUAGGUCAGGAAGGCUGCUGGAAGUUUAUGUUUAUUUUUGCUGUCGGUAGCGUCUGAUUUUGCAUGUUGUUGAGUGUGUAUAACAAAAACAGCCUCGCUCAGGAACUGAUGAGCCUGUGUUUGCCGCCUAGCAUCAUCAGCAGGGUCCGUGCUGGACCAUGUGUUGCUUGUAAGUGGCUUGUGUACCGUGAACAACACCCGCUGCCAUUUGGGAACUGGCCCCAGCAGGCACUUCACCUUGCUAGUCCUUAGGCAUUGCCAAAGCUCUGUGAAUGCUGGUGGGAGACAGGCGAGUCUAGAUUGGUUUCCGCUGAGAUUAAGAUUUUAGGAAGAUUAUCUGCUAACAUGCACAGCCAGUACUUGCUCUGCUUGCCCUGUCUGCCUUUAAUUACUUCCCUGGAAGUGGUCUCUUAGAACCAGGUCGUGAAGUUAAAUGAUUUACUGGGGAAGGGGAAGAGGG